AUGCUCAAGGCACGAGUUGAUGAGGAAUCAAGCACAGGACAGGAAGAGCAGCAGGAUCAGGAGAAGAACAAUAAUUUGGCAACAGAUUUUGAAGGAAGCGGAGAAAUUGCAGAUUAUGGGUUAGCAAGCAUGGUUUUGGAGCAUAAAAAGCCUUGCUUUGGAAUUGUGAGCGGCGAUCAGGCUUGUUCGAAAAGGCAAAAGCUAUUUCAAAGGCUUAGAAGAUUGGUGGAAGGCAGUGACCAGGCAAAAGGAAGAAGAUUGGGUGAGAAAGAAAGGCAUGAAGAAGUCAAGUGUUUUGGAAGGCAUUCUGUUUCAGAUGAUGCAGAGGCAUAUCACAUUGCAAGGAGGUCUUGCUCUAGUGCUUGA